GCAGGGCCAGGGUGUUAGGACACAUAUUGUGGAGAAUAGUGAUGUUUAGGGUUGAGAUGGGCAUUUUGUGUUGAUUCAAAGCUUCCGAUAUAAGCCUGCAAGGGUUCAUGAGGCAGAAGGGCGAUGACUAAACGGGAUUAUUGACAGCAGGGGAGCAGCCAAGGCUAUGCAUGUGUGCGCGUGAGUAAGGUUUGUAACGUGAGCCAGUGUGGGUUGAGCAAAGGCGGCAGGGGUGGGAGUUACAGUUAACGGCUUCUUUUUGCUUUUGCACACACUAAGGAAGCAUCCACAAACCGUGACCAGCAAAUCAGAAACACGACUGGAUUUAUCUUCCCUAAAACUGCACUUGCAGAUGGCUCUGAGAUGGACCCUCCUCUGCGCUGGACUCUGGAUGCUCACGGCUCUAGCGACUGGCCACCUCACCAAUGAACAGAAGGACCGUAUUGUGGAACUGCACAACCAGUACCGGUCCAUGGUUGAGCCACCAGCUGCCAACAUGAUUAAUAUGACAUGGGAUGACACGCCCACUGUGAUGGCAGAAGGAUACGUUGCUAAAUGCAUAUGGAAUCACAACCCUGAUGUGCAGGAUGUAAUGGGGGAAAACCUUUUCAUCUCCACUGGACCCUUUGAUAUCGACAAGGCCAUGUCUGAUUGGUUUCAAGAAUACAAAAAUUAUGACUAUGAAACUAACACUUGUGCUGAAAAUGAGAUGUGUGGACACUAUACACAGAUUGUCUGGGCGAAGACCACCAAGGUGGGCUGUGCAGCACACAUCUGUGAGACUGUUGAGGGCCUGCACUUUCAGAACGCUACUAUGCUGGUCUGCAAUUAUGUCCCUCCAGGCAACGUAGUUGGACGAAAACCAUAUGAGGCAGGAAAGCCAUGUUCGAAAUGCCCUGAAGAAAUGGUCUGUGUGCAAGACAUGUGUGCUAAUCUAGACCGGAACGAAGUUCCCUCAGUGGAGCCCACAGAGCUGCCUGACGUUGACACUCCCAGCACCUGGACUGUUGAGGGAUCUGGGUGCCAAAGAUCCCCUGCAGCUCUGCUACUGCUAACUGGAUUGCUGGCUUCUCUCUUGUGGAUGUGAUCUCAAUUCUGUGUUUGGUCCCUGCCCAUUUUUCCUCAUGCGCUAGGACUAGAGUGGACUGGUGGAGAUUUUUGGGUUUUGAUACAUUUCUUGUAACUUAUCCAUGUUGUUUCAAAUAUGUUUAUAGUUUCUAUACAACAUAAUUUUACAGAGCAGGUAUUAGUAUUUCUAUAAUUCUGUAAUAUCAGUCAUUUAACAUACACUGACCAGCCACUUCAUUAAGUUCACCUCCUUGUUUUUACACUAAUUUGAUCAGCUCCACUUACUGUAUA